CGCCCACGCUGUUCAUAAGCUCAGCUCGAGAAGGCGUCACCACAUUAAAGUUGAGCGGAUGAGUAUCACACAAGCCGACGAGGGAAGCACGAGUUUUUAGUCCCGAACAGUCAUAAUAUCCUAAAUUGUGCCACGUUCUUUUCUAGUUUUAGUCCAUAAAAUACAUUAUUGGAAUGUAUCGUGAAUCUUGAGCAGGCAAUGCUAAGCGAAGCUUUGGGUCAGAAUUGGGAUGUUUUUAAACGAGACGCGCAUUUUGGUUGAUCUUAUAUAAGUAUUCCAAUAAUUGAGAAAACAACCGUGCUGAAGCAGAYACCGUUCAUUUGCAUCCAAUCAGUUGUGAAGACGGGCACUCUUUGAAGCGCCACAGGACAUCAUUUGCAUGAAACUGAAGCCAGAUCAAAACGUUGACUCCAACUGCACCCGAUUCAAAGAGAAAGUGGGAAAUACAACUAGGAAAAGGACUGAAGACCACGACACCUGUGCCACAUCUACCACUAACCCCCCCUUGACCCCUUCAAAACCCACCCUCCUAUCCACUAUGUCUCUCAAUACCUUCCACCUGAUGGAGACCCUCAAGAAAUCCCCGGCUGCUUUACGCCGCCGUUUCUGCCGCGACCGCACAGAGUCCCUCUCCCACGGCGAUCCGCUAUUCAAGGUCCACUACCUGGGCACUGAGAAAAUCUUCUCCCUGGACUCCCACGGCGAUCCGCUAUUCAAGGUCCACUACCUGGGCACUGAGAAAAUCUUCUCCCUGGAUCGAGAGCAGGCCCAGGAUGCCAUAGCCCGUCUGCUCGAAGGGGCCGCAAAUGGAAAGAAGCUGAGCAAAGACCACGCGUUGGUUGUUCGUCCACGCUAUGUCGAAGUCAAAGAGCUCAGCACAGGACGCCAGCUCACGAAGACGUACCUCCAGGACAUAGCCUACUGCGCGGCCGACGCCACCAGACCCAACGUGUUUCUGUACAUCUGUAAGCAGCGUGGGCAACAGCUGCAGUGCCGGGUGUUCUGGUGCAGCCGGGCAGAGCGGGCACGUGACAUGACGGCCUGUCUGGCACACUCCUUCCAGAGGGCACUGAGCGACUGGCAGGGGGACGGRGGAAGUACCGGCACACUGACCCCAGAAAAGGUUGGGGCGAAGGAGGGAGAGGAUAUGCCCACCACCCCUACUACCUCCAAAAACUCCAUGCUAACAGCUAGCUUAAGACGAGUCCGUUGGAAGAAGAGGAGGUCCCUGUCUCGCAGUCCACUGAGUGCCAUGAUCAGGAAGAGAUCCACCUCAGACAUCUGGCACUGAGACAACUGAUCCCCAGCAUGACACUAAACUGAUGACACCCACAGAGACUAGUUACAGCACGGAGGGAGGGAGGGAAGAGAAGAGACGAGGGAUUGAAAGAACCCACCACUACUGGACUCAACAGGACUGAAGGGUGAGAGAAGGAGAUUAGUGCUGGACUUUCUUUUAAAUGGGACAUUGCCUUAGUAAGUCUACAGUACAGUUCAUGACUGGAUUGAACAUUAGCCUACAAACCGGGACAGUUAAUGACUAGCUGCCUUGGAAGACCUGGGAACAAGGCAUUGGGUUGAUGGUACGCUGUUGCCAGCAUUCACCUCUGUUGCCUUGUGACUUGCUUUCGCUGUUGGAAAGCUUCAAUGCUAAACUGCUAAUAUCCAUCGCCACUCCAAGUCACUUGUUUUCUAGUGGCCUUGCGACUCUAAACUGCCAGUUAUGCUUCGAAGAAAGGAGCACAUGGUCUUGUGUGCCUUUUUAACUAGGUAAGGAUAUGACCAAAGAUAUCCCCAAACCACAAUCUUCUCUCAAUACAAUGCUGGGUAUGGGCUGGAAUGGUUGAAACUGGUUACAGUCAUAGCAAUGAUGGUUGUUUUUUUAUAGUUUUUUUUAUUUAUUUCAAUUAGGUUUUUGUUGUUAGCUUAUGGAUCAUCAGCCUGUACACUUGUUUUUUUUUAAAGGGGGGAGGAACUUUGUUUGAGCUGACCCUGAAAUGUGAGCUCCGUGUUGGUCUUGGGAGAGGUGUUACAAAGUGUGUGUGAGGAUUCAUGGGGCAUAAAGGGUUCAUUUGAGCCGACCAUAGAAGAACAUCUGCUGGGUGGUCAUAGGUACACAGUAGGCUGUGUUCAUAGGCAGAACUGUAAUUAAGAAAUAAGACAUGAGAACCCAGGUUUAUCAUGUGAAUAACUCACGACUAAGGCCCAACAUGGAGGAUCAGGGAAACAGCCCUUAGGAGGAUGUUAUUCACGAUAAUUCCUGGGGCCUGAUUGCUUUUAUAAAACGGUUACCAAUUUUUUUUUUUAAAGAUGUGUUUUCAUUCAAUGUUAUUUUAAUGAGUAKAUUUGUUUUAUUUCAUCCUUCCAKCAGACAAUCUAGUCUGAGCAAAAGCCAGUUGAUAGUUCUGAAAUAAUGCAGUAGCUAGCCAAAUGAGCUGGUCAUCCAAAAAAGGUUGCCAUGCAGGCUAGCUACUUUUCCUUUGGUAGUUAGCUAACUAAAGCUGACACUAUCACAUCAAGCAGCUGAAAUGAUGGCAAACUAUGUGCAUUUUAGUUUGUUUUACCUUUGUUUCUAUUGCCAUUUCUUUUGACAUAUCCAUUGUUAUUACCCUGUAUAAAUAAAUUUUCCUGACUAAGAGAA